AUGGCUGACUUGUGCACCUGGUUGUGUUCAGAUUUUAACUCCAGCAAGCCAACCUUCACACAGAUCUUCGUAGCCUCUUCAAUCGGACUGAUCAUUGCUGUGGCAAUGCAUUAUCAUCAUCGAAAGCGAAGACAUGAAAAGAUCAUUCCAUGCCUGAAAAUCGAAGAAACCAAUAAUGCUGUUAAGCUUGAAAAAUUCUCCCAUUAUGUAGCAAGGCAACUGGGAUUCGCUGAUAGAAGAGAGUGUCCACAGCUUUGCAAGCUAGCAUCUGCUUAUGUCGCCAGACCUGAAGCAUGUGAGGAUGACAUCUAUUCAUUCUUUGCCAGCGAACCCGAUGCGAGUUCUCUAUUUGUAAAGCUAUUGGAGGAGUUUGAGAGAUGCAUUCUUAGUUACUUUGCAUUCCAUUGGAGCCAUGCCGAUAUAGCAAUCAGUCAUGUUUUGAGUGCUGAUUCUGGCAUUUCUGAGGCAAAGAAGAAGCUCAAACGCAUUGUCCUGGCAGCUACUAGAGAACAGAGGUUUGAGAGGGUGACAAAAAAUUUGAAAGUUGCUAGAGUAUUCUCAACAUUGGUGGAGGAGAUGAAGGCAAUCAGAAUUUUACAGAAUGAUGACUCACAGUGUACGGAUGUGAUGGCUCCAGUUGCCCACAAAGAUAGAAGCUCAGUCCUCCUUUUCAUGGGUGGUGGGAUGGGAGCUGGGAAGAGCACUGUGCUUCAGGACAUUCUCAAAGAGCCAUUCUGGGCAGGUGCAGCAGGCAAUGCCGUAGUAAUUGAGGCAGAUGCCUUCAAAGAAUCAGAUGUCAUUUACAGGGCUCUUAGCUCCAGAGGGCAUCAUGACAUGCUCCAAACAGCUGAACUGGUGCACCAAUCGUCUACAGAUGCAGCGUCAUCCCUCCUGGUGACAGCGCUCAAUGAAGGACGGGAUGUGAUAAUGGAUGGCACACUCUCCUGGGAACCUUUUGUUGUACAGACAAUUACCAUGGCCAGGAAUGUUCACCGCCGCCGCUAUCGCAUGGGAGCAGGUUAUAAGGUAGCAAAUGAUGGGGUUGUAACAGAAAAUUACUGGGAACGGAUUGAAGAGGAAGAGCAAGAAGUCGAUGGCGUUAAAAGGAGAAAACCAUACAGGAUAGAGCUAGUUGGAGUCGUUUGUGAUGCUUAUUUAGCUGUUAUAAGAGGCAUAAGGAGAGCUAUCAUGAGCAGAAGGGCCGUGAGGGUGAAAUCACAGUUGAAGUCCCACAAAAGAUUUGCUAAUGCAUUCUUAACAUACUGCCAAUUAGUGGAUAAUGCCAGGCUAUAUAGCACCAAUGCUUUGGAGGGACCACCUAAGUUGAUAGGAUGGAAAGACAGGGACAGGAAUUUGCUUGUUGACCCAGAUGAAAUAAACUGUUUAAAAAUGGUAGGCAGGUUGAAUGAGGAAGCAGACUCCAUAUAUGAACUCUACAAGCACCCAAAUCCAGCUUGUGAAGCUGGGUCAGUUUGGAAAGACAUUGUUUUGUCACCUUCAAGGUUAAACAUUCAAAAGGAGCUGAAGUACUCAAUCCAGGAAGUUGAGAGAUCAAAAUUGUAA